AUGGUCAACCCCACUGUGUUCUUCAACAUUGCCAUCGACAGCGAGACCUUGGGCCACGUCUCCUUCAAGCUGUUUGCAGACGAAGUUCCAAAGACAGCAGAAAACUUUCAUGCUCUGAGCACUAAAGAGAAAGGAUUUGAUUAUAAGGGUUCCUGCUUUCACAGAGUUAUUCCAGGGUUUAUGUGCCAGGGUGGUGUCUAUACACGCCAUAAUGGCACUGGCGGCAAGUCCAUGUAUGGGGAGAAAUUUGAUGAUGCGAACUUCAUCUUGAAGCAUACAGGUCCCAGCAUCUUGUCCAUGGCAAAUGCUGGACCCAACACAAACGGUUCCAGAUUUUUCAUAUUCACUACUAAGACUGAAUGGUUGGAUGGCAAGCAUGUGGUUUUUGGCAAGGUAAAAGAGGGCAUGAAUGUUGUACAAGCCAUGGAGAACUUUGGGUCCAAGAAUGUCAAGACCAACAAGAAGACCACCAUUGCUGACUGUGGACUACUCUAA